AUGGGUAGAAAGGUACCGAUGUGGGACUCAUCGUAUCCCAAAUUUAAAAUUGACCAUUUAAAAGGGCCAGGAGACCCCACCAAGCUCUAUAACAAAACAUUAGAAGAUUAUACCUCAAAAGCCUCUCCCUCGGAAAAUCUUGAAAAGUUGUUCAAGCACUACGGAUGGGGCUUUGAGUAUUCAUUAGCCCAGCAUGAGGAUGAGGCGGUAUUUCGACACCUCGUCAAGAUUGUUUAUUAUAUGCGAGACGAUUUGAAGCCCAGUCAAGAGGACUUCGAGAAAUGCAACUCAGAUGCAGGCCCUGGCCUUCUACGACCAGAGUGUUCUGCAUUACCAUUUUCCCUUGACCACCCCCCUCCGGCUAACAAUGUACCAAUGGAAUAUUUUCGAAAAGCCAUAUUCCAUUUCCCUUAUCAGAGCCUUGAACGAUGCCCAUCCGCGUUUCCAAUCUUGCCAAAUGCGUCGGAGAAUCAUCGCAUUAAGCACACUCAGCGAAGGGCUAUGGACAAUCGCUUGCAUGGCCAGGGCGCGGCUGAAGAUGAACAUCUUGACGAUAUUCUAGACUGCACGAUUGCCGCUGCAUACUUGCUUGAUGCUGGUUGCACGAAAGCCGACCGGACACCAUUGAACUGGCAUUCGACACUUAAAGACCAGGCGAAAUGGUUCCUGGAGUUGAUUUAUCUAGAUUGGGGAUGUGACUCAGAUUACCAUACACUCAAGCGAACCCCAAAGUUGUCACCAGAAGCUCGAUUCGAACAAGUAGCAACAGUCAAGCACAAUAUUACUGAGAUGCUAGGGCAAGAUGUGAUUUAUAAGAGGAAGUACAAGGACAGGCUUAUUGCGGCGAUAUGGGAGGGCUGUACUAGCUCUUUUCAUCAAUUUCUUGUUCGAUACACCCAUAAGCCUCUCCACGAAGGAGGGAUUGAAAUGCCAUCGUCCACUGGGUGCAUACCACUCAGUGGUAUCAGCACGGACACAACGGAAAAUACCAUCCAGGCACAAAUGGCCCGCUUUUUCGAAGAAUCAUAUGUGACGAAAUGUUACUGUAAUUUAUCAGGGCUCGAAAAGGCCCCAGUCUCCACCCAUCAGCUUCAACGCAGGUUUCAUGAGCUACCAUUGCGAUUGGCGUUUGUGACAGACCCUAAAACACCGCCGACUUCUCACACCGCCACGGAAGUCACCAUCGAAUAUUACGACUGGAAGUGCCAGCGAAGGAGAGCGAAAUACCGAUGGUUGGGUGGAAUAUACCCAAUCAUGAGUGGCAACUCUUUCCAAUACGUCCUCUUCUGGAGUGACUACAAGCGACAUGAAAAGGUUGAUGAGAGAAAUCUGCAAAGGUAUGCUCCGCGGGAGUGCGACUGGCAGAUCAAAAUGGAGUCUUUUAAAUAUCCAGAACAAUCGGAGCGUGUUCCAUUAUCAGGGUGGCAAAGUGGGCAACCCGCGCUCCUCUUCUAUGAAAAGAUCCUUGUACCUGAAGAAAUAAAUCUGAGAGGAGUCCUGCAAGCUGCGAAACAUGUGGUAUCCUCCUGUCAAGAUUCUGUAAUUAAGCAUGGAGAAAUUCAAUACCCUCCCGGAAGCAGUUCUCAAACUAUUGGCGUCCCUGCCGCCAGCCCACAGCGAGGAAUUAAACAUUCCACAGGCUAUCCCAAAGCCGCAAUAUCUUCUCAGCCUACGAACCCACAGAUCAUCCCCCCUCCCAAGCAGCCAGGCCCAACCAAGAGAGGGCCUCCGGAGGGUUCGAGAGCCCAACCCGCUAAGGCAACAAGGGCUCUUCAAUAUGGAGACGAAGCCUUGCAAUACCCGGGAGAUUCUGGACCGCCUCGACAAGGCAUACAGGCAGCACCAGAACCCCUUUCACACGUGAGUUCUCACAAUCGUAGUGGCUAUCAGCGGUUACCACAACCACACGAGGACCAAGUAGAUCGACCUUCCAUGCCUAGGGCUCAAAUGCCACCUCCUCCAGACUAUCUUGGUGACGCCGCAAACAUUGGCCCAGAGUUUGGUCGCCCGAAUGAGAAUGUAGAAUUUGCAAGCCCGUUGAAACCUCUCUCUCCAGAAUACAUGCCGGACUCAUCACGAGUUCCCAUAAGCCAGGCGCUCGAGCACGGGGAAGUUCUAGACCCCCUAUUUCCGGGAAUGCCUUCUGACCCUCUAGACCCUCACGGUUUAGGGCUUUCCGUAGAUGACCCCCCAAUGUAGGUAGCCACCCUUCCACCAUAAUUGUCGAAUCUGUCUAGCUAACGGAUCGCCGGAAAAGGUCACCCUUCUUUACCAAUUAUAC